AUGUCUUCCAGGCCUGAAUUGAAGGUCGACGACGAGCACGGCUUCAUCCGCUUCUUCAAGUCCCUCCCAACCGUCCACGAAGACACCGUCCGCAUUUUCGACCGAGGUGAUUGGUACACCGCACACGGCGAAGAUGCCAACUUCAUUGCCCGCACAGUAUACAAGACCACGUCCGUCGUGAGGACACUCGGCCGAGAUGACAAGACCGGACUCGCCUCCGUGACAAUGACGGUCACGGUAUUCCGACAGUUUCUUCGAGAAGCUCUUUUCAAGCUUGGAAAGAGGAUAGAGAUAUGGGAGAGCACCGGCGGCCGCAUGAACUGGAAGGUCGUCAAGCAGGCGUCGCCCGGCAACCUGCAGGAUGUCGAGGAGGACUUGGGUGGACAGAUCGAGAACGCACCCAUGAUUCUAGCCGUCAAGAUCUCUACGAAAGCAUCUGAGGCAAGGAGCGUGGGAGUCUGUUUCGCAGACGCAAGCGUGCGAGAGCUGGGCGUCAGCGAGUUCCUCGACAACGAUUUGUUCUCUAACUUCGAGGCUCUCCUCAUCCAGCUGGGUGUCAGGGAGUGCCUGAUCCAGACGGACAAGGCCGACAAGGCCAAGGACCCGGAUUUGACGAAGCUGAAGCAAAUCAUCGUCAACUGCGGCGUGGCGAUCUCGGAGCGAUCCGGUGGCGAGUUUGGCACUAAGGACAUUGAGCAGGACUUGGCGCGUCUUCUCAAGGACGAGCGGGCUACUACCCUGCUCCCUCAGACAGACCUCAAGCUGGCGAUGGGCUCCGCCGCGGCACUUAUCAAGUACCUUGGCGUGCUCCAUGACCCUUCCAACUUUGGGCAGUACCAGCUUUACCAGCACGACCUCUCCCAGUAUAUGAAGCUGGAUGCGGCGGCUUUGAAGGCUCUCAACCUGAUGCCCGGCGCCCGUGAUGGUGCCAAGACAAUGAGCUUGUACGGCUUGUUGAACCACUGCAAGACUCCUGUUGGUAGCAGACUGCUGUCUCAGUGGCUGAAGCAGCCGCUCAUGAGCAAAGAGGAGAUUACCAAGCGCCAGCAACUGGUCGAGGCCUUUGUGAACGACACGGAGCUGAGACAGACCAUGCAAGAGGAGCACCUUCGUUCCGUUCCCGAUCUGUACCGCCUGGCCAAGCGUUUCCAGAGAGGCAAGGCGAAUCUCGAGGACGUGGUCCGCGCAUACCAGGUUGUCAUUCGCCUCCCUGGUUUCCUGGGCACUUUCGAGGGCGUCAUGGACGAGCAGUACAAGGACCCUCUCGACGAAGCCUACACAAUCCCUCUGCGCGAACUCUCCGAUAGUCUCGUGAAGCUUGCAGAGAUGGUUGAGACAACGGUCGACUUGGACGCGUUGGACAACCACGAGUACAUCAUCAAGCCCGAGUUCGACGACAGUCUUCGCAUCAUUAGAAAGAAGCUCGACAAGCUUAAGCGCGAUAUUGACCAGGAGUUCUCCGAUUCGGCUCGCGACCUGAAGCAAGAGGUGGGCAAGAAGAUCUUCCUCGAGAACCACAAAGUCCACGGCUACUGCAUGCGUCUUACCAGACAAGAAGCCGGAGCGAUCCGCAACAAGUCGGGUUACCAGGAAUGCUCAACCCAGAAGAACGGAGUCUACUUCACCACUAAGACCCUGCAAAGCCUCCGUCGCGAGUUUGAUCAGCUUUCUCAAAACUACAACCGCACCCAGAGCAGUCUGGUGAACGAGGUUGUGGGUGUUGCGGCGUCUUACUGUCCGGUUCUGGAAAAGCUUGCCGGCGUGCUUGCCAAUCUUGAUGUGAUUGUCUCUUUUGCACAUUGCUCCGUUCACGCCCCAUCCGAGUACGUCCGCCCAACGAUCCACGCCCGUGGCCAAGGUCAGACCAUUCUCAAGGAAGCCCGACACCCGUGUCUGGAGAUGCAAGACGAUGUCCAGUUCAUCACCAACGACGUCUCAUUAACCAGAGACAAGUCCUCUUUCCUCAUCAUCACUGGUCCCAACAUGGGCGGAAAGUCGACCUACAUCCGCCAGAUCGGCGUCAUUGCACUUAUGGCGCAGAUCGGAUGCUUUGUGCCAUGCUCCGAAGCUGAGCUGACCAUCUUCGACUCGAUCCUGGCGCGCGUGGGUGCCAGCGAUUCACAGCUGAAGGGUGUCUCGACCUUCAUGGCUGAGAUGUUGGAGACGGCAAACAUUCUCAAGUCGGCAACAGCCGAGUCUCUCAUCAUCAUUGAUGAGUUGGGACGUGGUACAUCGACAUACGACGGCUUCGGCCUCGCGUGGGCCAUUUCAGAGCACAUCGUCAAGGAGAUUGGAUGCUUCGCCAUGUUCGCGACGCAUUUCCACGAGCUGACGGCGCUGGCUGACGAGCACCCAGAAGUCCACAACCUUCACGUUGCAGCACACAUCAGCGGCGGCAACGAGGGAGGCGAGAACACCAAGCGUGAGGUUACGCUCCUGUACAAGGUGGAAGACGGCGUCUGCGAUCAGAGCUUCGGUAUCCAUGUCGCUGAGCUGGUCCGCUUCCCCGACAAGGUCGUGCGCAUGGCGAAGCGCAAGGCCGACGAGCUCGAAGACUUCACUUCGAAGCACGAGGACCUCGGGCUGAAGUACAGCAAGACGGACAUGGAGGAGGGCAGCGCGAUGCUCAAGGAGAUCCUGCUCAAGUGGAAGGAGGAGGUUGCCGCGGGGUCCAUGAGCAAGGAGGAGAUGGUGUCCAAGCUGAAGGGGUUGGUCAUGGCGGACGAGAAGCUGCUUGCGAACCCCUUCUUCCAGUCCGUCAAGACCUUGUAA